ACCACUGUAACCCCUUUGUCCUCGUCCCGCAGCGCUGGUGUGCCGCUGCUCGGCGCUCCGCGACAUGAUGCUGGUCAUGCCGCCGCUGGCGCGCGCGGGCAACAGCGUCACCCUGCGCUGCCUGUACGACCUGGAGGGCGCCAAGCUGUACGCCGUCAAGUGGUACCGGGGGAACUUCGAGUUCUACCGGGCCAUGCCCAACGAGACCCCCGCCAAGCAGGCCUUCCCCUACCCGGACUUCCACGUCGACCUGUCGCAGUCCGAUGAGCACCAGGUGACCCUCCGGCGCGUGUCGCUGCUCAUGUCGGGCACGUUCGCCUGCGAGGUGUCCACGGAGGCGCCCGCCUUCAUCACCCAGGUCAAGAAGGGUCAGCUCCUCGUGCUGGACACGGUCCGGCGGCCGGUGCUGACCGUGUCCAAGAACGUGUACCGCCCGGGCGACGAGCUGGAGGCCAACUGCACGUCGCCGUCGCCGUCCAGCGCGGAGCCCGUGGGGCCCCCGGGGGAGUGGCCGCCCAGGGGCAAGGUGCACUUCGGGGCCCCCGCCGGUGCUCCCGGGCUGCCGCUGCUGCCGGAGGUGCCGCCGCUGCAGCCGCACCAGCUGACCGCCGAGCAGCGUCGGCACCUGGAGAAGGAGGCCGCCAACGAGCCUGUCUCCUUCGGCUUCUGGGUCAACAACCGGCCGGUCCCUGCGGCGCUGGUGGUCCUGGGCGUCUCCAGCGCCACGCUACGCCGCCCGCUGCUCGAGGAGGACUUCUCCGCCAACGGCGAGCUCCGCCUCAAGUGUGUGGCCACACUGGCUGACAAGUACCGAGAGCCGAGCCACGUCGUUACCGUCCGUCGUCAGGAGGAGGACGAGGAGGAGGAGGGCGAUGAAGAGGAGGGCGAGGGCGAGGACACGGAGGGCACCGUCGAAGAGCCUCCGCCCGUUGUCACCGAAACGCAUCCUGCUGUCCACACCGCCGUGGACGCCCACGACCGCACCGGCACCUCCCUGGAUCUCACUGCCAGUUCCCGUGCCACUGCGGGGGCGGGCCCGGCCGCGCACUGCAGCCUGACGUGGGCGGUCUUGCUGGCCGCCCUAGUCGCGCUGCGGAGGGACUUCCUCUACGAGAGCUAAAGACUUUGUUCCUGAUGUGAGAGUAUAACGCGCCUGUUUUGUACAUAAUAAAUUGAACUGUUUUUAUAAAA